GUUCACAGCGCCACCUGCUGGAACAUUCUGGAUUAGGGAUGAAUGCAGCCCAGUGUGAUGUUCUUGUUCUCCAGCCGUAUACCGAUGCAGUUCCCGUGUUCAUCACGUAGCUCCAUCAUUGAGUUUGGCCAAAAAUCCCCCUUCAAGCCGGCCCAGGUUUCCCAUUGCACUGAACAAUGUUUGAAACCGCUCCGUCACAGGAGUCAGCAGGGUGAAAUACCUUGAAAUAAUCAUGACUUUUUAGACCUCCUGAUAACACCUUAAAUGGAUUCAGCAGAGGUUCGACUGUGCUCUUCCAGAAAACCUCCACACAAUCAUCUUCCUGCUGGCUCACAGUCUUGUGGGGAUGGACAGACAGAAAUUUGUACAGCUUCAGGUGGAGGGACAUCAGGCUCUGUGGUACAUGUCGCACCUGUGGACCUUCAGAAUAUAAAAAAAGAAGAACCUGGAGAUGAUGACUACCUCUUUGGAAUUUCAGGUAAUGGACCAUCAUGCUCUGUGGGAAAUAUCGCACUUGUUGACCAACAGAAACAUAUAAAACAGGAAGAGCCUGAAGAUGAAGACUACCUCAGUGGAGAGACAUCAAGCUCUAUGAAGCAUGUGGCCCAACAGAAGAAACGAUUUAAAAGGAAGAAUUUAAAAAAGACAGAAGAGUCUGAAGAUGAUUACCUCAGUGAAAUGGAAAUGAAUGAUACCAAGGUACAAGUCUUCUCCUGCUCCUUGUGUUCUGUUUCCUAUACAUCUCAAAUUUACCUCCAUGUACACAUCAGAAAAUGCCACCUAGAGGAAUAUGAGAGACUGCUACAAUCAGGGGAAAUAAAAUCUCAGAACUGUAUGCACACAAGAAGCUCCAGUAUUCAGGUACUCCGUGGUACUCUCCACAUUAACGCAUCCAACCAGCAAGAGCAGAAAGAAGUCUAUGCCUGCUCACAGUGUGGAAAGAGUUUUACUGACCAGAAAAAUCUCCUACGACACCAAGACAUUCAUUCAGGAGAGAAGCCUCACCACUGCAAGGAGUGCGGGAACAGUUUUACUCACCAAAGUGCUCUUCGAGUACAUCAGCGUAUUCACACAGGAAAGAGGCCGUAUCACUGCUCACAGUGUGGCAAGACUUUUAUUCAUCAGUGUUCUCUUCAAACACACCAGCGUAUUCACACCGGAGAGAAGCCGUAUCAGUGCUCACACUGUGGCAAAACGUUUACUGGAAAAACUCCUCUUCGAAUACACCAGCGCAUUCACACAGGAGAGAAGCCGUAUCUGUGCUCACAAUGCGGGAAGGGUUUUACCAUUCUCAGUAAUCUCCAAAGACACCAUCGCGUUCACACGGGUGUAAAGCCGUAUCACUGCUCAGAGUGUGGGAAGACUUUUAUUCAAGAGUGUGAUCUCCAAAACCACCAGCGCAUUCACACUGGAGAAAAGCCGUAUCACUGCUCAGAGUGUGGGAAGAGCUUCAUUCAAUACAGUAAUCUACAGCAACAUCAGCGAAUUCACACAGGGGAAAAGCCGUAUCAAUGCUCAGAGUGUGGGAAGAGCUUUUUCCGACAGAGUAAUCUCAUACGACAUCGGCGCACUCACAUAGCGCAGAAACCAAUUCAGUGCUUACAGUGUGGACGGAGAUUUACCUAUUCGGGUGCAUUUAACCUACACAAGUGUCCCAACAAGGAGCCACCGGCUUGUGAUUCGUCCACUAAUCGUAGGGUUGGCGGUUCGAUUCCCGGCCCACAUGACUCCACAUGCCGAAGUGUCCAUGGGCAAGACACUGAACCCCAAGUUGCUCCUGAUGGCAAGUUAGCGCCUUGCAUGGCAGCUCUGCAACCAUUGUGUAUGAGUGUGUGUGAAUGGGUGAAUGAGACACAGUCAAAUGGGCUUUGGAUAAAAGUGCUAUAUAAGUGCGCCAUUAUUUAUUUUUAUUUUUUAUCCCAGGAACACUAUGUACACACAUGUUCACAAACUCAUUCAAACCUAGGUGAAGCAACGCCAGGCUCUGUGGGACCCAUCACACCUGUGGAUGAACAGAUAUAUAUAAAAAAGGAAGAACCUGAGGAUGAAGACUAUCUCUGUGGAGAAACGUCAGGCUGUGUGGAAAAUGAAGACCAACAGAGAGGAUUUCAGAGCCUGCAUGUAAAAGAGGAAGAAUCUAAAGAUGAAGACUACAUCUGUACAACGACAGUCUUAGAAUUGAAUGAUGCACAGUUACAAGUCUUCACUUGCUCCUUGUGUUCAUUUUCCUAUACAUCUCAAAUUUACCUCUACAAACACAUCAGAAGAUACCACUGUCAGGAAUAUGAGAGACUGCUACGAUCAGGAGAAAUUAAAUCUGAGAACCUGACGCCCACAAGAAGCUCCAGUAAUCAGCAAACAAUCUUUGAUACUCUCAACAGUAAGAUAUCUAAUCAAGUGCAGAAAGAAGUCUAUCCCUGCUCACUGUGCGGGAAAGGUUUUACUGACCGGAGUAAUCUCAGACGACACCAGCGCAUUCACACAGGAGAGAAGCCGCAUCACUGCUCACAGUGUGGGAAGAGCUUUAUUCAUCGGCAAGGACUCAAAUCACACCAGCUUGUUCACACAGGAGAGAAGCCGCAUCAGUGCUUACAGUGUGGGAAGAGUUUUUCUAGACAGGGUGAUCUCCGAAUACACCAACGCAUUCAUACAGGAGAGAAACCGUAUCACUGCUCACAGUGUGGGAAGAAUUUUAAACGACAAAAUAACCUCAAAACUCACCAGGUCAUUCACAAUGGAGUAAAACCAUAUUAUUGCUCAGAGUGUGGGAUGAGUUUUCAUCAACACAGUCAUCUCCAGACACACCAGCGCAUUCACACAGGAGAAAAGCCAUAUCAGUGCUUGCAGUGUGGGAAGUGUUUUAAUCGACAUAGUUAUCUCCAGGCACACCAGCGUGUUCACACAAAACAGAAAGCAGGUCAUUGUUUGGACUGUGGGAAGAGUUUUAUUCAAAUGAAUGAGCUCCAAGUACACCAGUGCAUUCAAACAGGAGAAAACCUGUAUCGUUGUUCACAGUGUGGAAAGAGUUUUAUUCAUCAAACUGAUCUCCAACAGCACCAAUGUGCUCAUACAGGCAAGCCGUAUCACUGCUCACAGUGAAUGUUAUUUUAAAUUUGUGUCAAGCCAUCUAACAUUCAUUUUUUACUUGAAAUGGAUUUUUAAACUGAACUUAAAUUUUGUGGUUUGCAAAAGAGCAAUCCAAAAUCUGAAAUAACAUUUUAAAGGGUGUGACUCUUUGGGAACACUUGAAAUUAACAAUGAAAAAACAUUCAUUCUCUAGCUUCUAUUCAGUCACAGGACUUGUAGAAACUUGUAGUCAUUGAGACAGCGAUGAACUCCAGUUUAUAGCAGAAUAUUCUUGAGACAAAUGUGAGGCCAUCUGUCCAGCAGCUUAAGCUAUGCUGAAAUUGGGUCAUGCAGCAGGACAAUAAUCCAAACCACACCAUCAAAUCAACAUCUGACUGGCUAAAAAAAGGAAAAAUCAAUGUGUUGGAAUGGCCAAGUCAAAGUCCAGACCUGAAGCAAUGUUGUAAAUAAGAGUGGGCUAAGAUUUCUCCAAAGAGAUGUGAGAGACUGAGAGACUCUUACAGAAAAUGUUUAAUUCAAGUUACUGUUGCUAAAAGUGGUUCUACGUGUUACUGAAUUAUGGGAUGCACUUAUUUUUUUCCUCCUGGUUUCUGAAUGUUGAUUUACUUUUUGAAAAACAAAAGACUUUGUUGUCACCUGAGGUUAUCUGUUUGUUUAUAGAAGUUGUUGAGGACCACAAAAUUGUUAUUUAGGCCCUAAUAAAUAAAAACAUAGAUUCAGAUCUUCUCCCCCGAUUGUAUACAGUGGGGUCUAAUAGUCUGAGAGCACUAGUGAAAAUGUUCUAUUCUGCAUACUUUUCUAAUUUAAUAUAACAGAUUCCAUUACAAGUUAUAUUGAGUGAAAAGUUAACUUGAGUGAAAUGUAGAAUCUUUUACAUAUUUACAUGAAUUUCUGAGUUUCUUAAUAUUUUUGCUUUAAUGAUGGUGUGCACUCGACCUGCAUGGACUCCAAACAUUUGUGGUAAAACCUUAUGAUCCAUUUUAUAUCAAAUCCAUUGGAGUAUUGUGUGAUGCUUCAAUAGAACAGAUUAGGCAGGAGGAAAAUCUGACCUGCACAAAGCAGUUAACAUGGUCAAUAUCACACAAUUUGCUUAUAUUUAAAUAGGGACAAAGACAUUGUGGAGAAUCUUGAAUAUGAAAUAUUCAAGAUAUUGCACAGUUAUUUUCUUUGUUUUAAAUAUUUCAAAAUUUGAAACUUCUUUAUUUAAAAUUUUAAAUGGAAAAUAAAGGUUUUCAAUGUGGUCUCAGA